AUGUCGGAGUCUCUUGUGGCGCUGGUGCGCGUCAAGAAGCGCGACGGACGCGCCGAAUUCUCGCUCAAAGGACUACGCUGGACCGCUGAUGCAUCUCCCGAGGCCCCCACUAGCCACCCGCCCAUCGCCGUACCGUGGAGCACUGUUCAGGACCAGCAGGUGUCAUCGCUCUCAAGUCCUAAGGCCAUGAUCCGUCUGCGCCUCGCACACAACUCGACACUCGUGCUGGAGUUUGUUGCCGAGUCCGGCAGCCUGGAAGAAGCUUUCGAAGUGCGCGAGCAGGCCAAGGAUUUUAUCGCUCGCCGGCUGCGUGAGAACGGAGCUAGCGGGACUCGCUCUAAUGCUGCAGCACUGUGCAACCCCACGGAGAUCAAGCAGCGCGCCGCGUUGCUGGCUGCUAACCCGACACUCAAACGACAGCACACAGAGAUGGUGAAUGAUGGUCUCAUCUCGGAGGAGGAUUUCUGGGCGAGCCGUCGCCACUUGAUCGCUGGAGAGGCCAGUAAACGACAAAAGACGGGCAAAACGUCAGCCAUCCUGACGGACCUGGCAGCGGACAAUGACGCGGGCGGUAAUGUGGUCAAGUACAACUUGAACGCAGAAGUGAUUCACCAGAUUUUCAUUCAGUAUCCCGCCGUCUACAGGGCUUACCAGGGGCAAGUACCCGACAAGAUGACAGAGACGGAGUUCUGGGGAGCAUUCUUCAAGUCCAAGUACUUCCAUCGAGAGAGGAAGGCCGGACACGAAGAUAUGUUUACCAAGUAUGAGGAGAAAGAGAAACAAGAGGCUAAGGGAGUGAGUAUCGACCCUCGCGGGAUUGUGGACCCGUUGAUUGAUCUUACAACGACGGAGGAAGAUGCGGCAGUGCACCAUGCCAAACGGCACAUCACAGAGAAAGAAAACCCGUCCAGUAUUACCAUCGCCAAGUUCAAUCGGCAUGGAGCUUAUGUUCUAGACCCGGCGCAUGCUGGGAAACUACAGCAGCAAAAAGCAGGGAAGGGCAAUGCACAGCAGACGCUGCCUCAGAAAAAGAAAGCAGGUUAUCACGACAAUUUAGGGGAUGCUACGCUUCUGGAUGAUCUCCAGGAUAAAGCUUCACCACCGUACAACCCACUAACAUUGGAAGAUGAGUCGCGCUACUUCCAACACGCCGAGAAAGGAACGACUGACAGCAGCACGACGAACAAGCUGCCACUAUCUGACGCUGAAAAAGUGUUCCAGGCGACGUGCAAGGCUCCAAUCAAACUGGAAAAUGCCUAUCCGACUUCUAAGACGUGCUUUAAUGUACUGGCCGAAGUAGUAGCGUGCUCGGAUUCGACGAGUGAUUCAGCUUCAGCAUCGUCGGCUGCGAAUUUGGCGAGUGGCGCGUUGGCUGCUGAGUACAUUCCGAACGAAUUCAAGAAGCAGGUCUACAACCAAUUCCACGAUGUGUGUGAAUUACUGCGACAUUUCCUCUCGUUUAAAGCUAAGGUGGCCGAAGGUGGCGGCCCAGAAGCGCAGCGAAAACUCGACAAGAUCGUGGAGAAGAUGGGGUCCAAGUACGACGAGCUGGUCAAGCUGCGUGAAUCGUUGCCACCUCACGAGAAAAACCUGCUGGCUCCACUGCUCAAACCUUUCGAUGACCAGCUCAAUCUGGCCUUUAUUUAA